AUGCACGUCGCUCUUUCCACAAUCCCGACCAUUAGGGAGCUGUAUAAAUCAGGCGUCCUCAAGGGCAGCGCAGUCACGCCCAGAGUGCGAUAUCCACCCAAGUCGGCGCUGCUCUAUAGAGUCUCGCUGUACCAGGGAGAUAUCACCAGAUUAGAUGUAGAUUGCAUCAUUAACGCCGCCAACAGGGGCCUCCUUGGUGAGUCCUUCGACGGUGCAAUUCAUGCAGCUGCCGGGCCGUCACUGCUCGAAGAAUGUCGUAAACUCAACGGCUGCGAUACUGGUGAUGCAAAGAUCACUAAGGGCUACAACCUACCAUCUCGCCAUGUCAUUCAUACUGUUGGGCCGAUAUACUCGUCUGCCAAGGCCGAAGAGAAGGCCCAGCAACUAGCGUCAUGCUACAAGAGAAGCCUCCAACUCGCCGUUGCGAACUCACUGAAGCACAUUGCCUUCCCUUCCAUUUCCACGGGUAUAUAUGGAUAUCCCAUUGAAGCCGCUACACAUAUCGCUCUCAACGUUGUUAGGGAGUUCUUGGAUACCAACGACGGUGACAAGCUUGAGCGAACCAUCUUCGUUGUUUGGAGCGAUGCCGACAAGGCAGUAUACGAGUCUCUUCUACCACUCUACUUCCCACUGGAUGAUAGCGAGACCGAGACCACCUAGGGUGAGUAUUAGCAGAGCGUUAUGUGGCAUUCUCGCUCAAGGCUUCCUUCGCGUCCCACGCUUCGAGUUGAAGGGCAAUCUCCGGGAGCGAUGUCGGCUGGGAUUCUAUGAUAGUACGCAGUCUGUACGCUAGCGCU